AUGAAUAAUGUCAACAAUUAUGACCAAACGAAUGCCGAAGAUGGUUCUAAUAAUAAUUUCCAUAAUGAUGAAGUAGAAAAAUUCGAUAUGGAUCCAUUUAGUAUAAUGUCCAGUUAUUAUCAUUACAAUGAUGUUCAAUCUAACAUUACUACUUCUAAUAAUAAUGUUACUGAUUACAAUAGCUCAAUUUUCCCACAAUUAAAUUUCUCGGAACCUAAAACCCAGCACAUUCAACAACAACAAAUGAAAGAAGAAGAAGAAGAAGAAGAAGAACCAAUAACUUUGGAACAGUAUCAGGAUACUUAUGAUCUUGUACCUAUGGAUACAGCUGAUAUUUUAUCUAUAGAUACAACUGAUACUUGUAUUACUAACAACUUUCAUGUUACAAUAGACGAAACUAAAACAGAAAAGAACAAUAAAAGAAGUAGACACACAAAUUCUAGAUAUGGCUGUACUAAUUGUAAAUUAAAAAGAAUUAAAUGUGAUGAAACGUUGCCUGAAUGCAAUAAUUGCCGCAAUGCCAAACUGAAAAAACAAUUGCUCAUUCCUGCUGAUAAUUAUACUCGGAAUCAUAAUAAAAAACCAUGUUCAUUUACCGAAAUGACACCGUUACAACUGAAAAAAUUAUCUGAAUUACAAAAUAAAAACCGAUUAUUAAAACUAAAAGUGGUCAACAUUAAAGAAAAUGUCUACCCCAUUGUCAAGAAACGAAUCCCCGUUUUUAUCCCUAGCGAUACUGAAAUUGAGCUCAGGGGAAGAUCAUCGAACAACGUGGACAUAAAUGGUUCAAAAAUUAUCUAUUAUAAAGUAAGCGAAAUACCUAUGAUACCACAUUAUCCUAUAACAGUUCCAGCGCAUCAAAAAGUGCCAUUUGGCGGAGUUGAACUCAAAGAGGCAAUUAUGGCGAGGAUUUUAUAUCAAAAUUCUUUAUCCAGUGGAAUAAGUUAUGCAAAUGAAUCAACUUUAGACGUGUAUCUCAUACCAGUUUUGCACAACCUAGAAAACAUAUUAAAAAAAAAAUUAAUGAGAUUGGAAGAGUAUUUCAAGCUGGUAGAUGAUAAAAAUAAUAUUAGCUAUAUAAAAGAAUCAAAAUAUAUAAUACACAGAGAGAGACAGUGCUUAGAUAAAUUACGGAGCUUGAGCAAGACCAAAGGAUUGUCCUCGUUAAGGACACUAUUAGACAAAGUAAUUCAAACCAUUGAAACAAAAAAUACAUUGGUUCCUACUAGGUUAAGUACUUCUCUUUGUUGUAUUUCCUCAGUUUUUGAAUUUACUGAACUCGGGUUGGACAUGGGGAGAUUAACUGAAAUCCACUAUACUUCAAUGGUAGAAUUCAACGCAAAUAUAAUUAAAAGCUAUAUUAGUAAUGCCAUGAGUAUUGAAAAAAUUGACAAAAAUCCAUAUUUAAGGGUGCUUUCUUUUCAAUAUGCUACCAGCGCUAUAUAUUACCCAAGAUACCCUGUAGAUUGUUUGAUUGAACUUGAAACGAUUAUUGACAUGUUUGCCAAAGAUUUUAUACUAGAAGCUACUAAUACUUGUUUUAAAAAAACUUUGGAGAAGAUUGGAUAUGAUUAUUUAUUGUUACAUGAUUUUUUUGUUUGGUUUUAUAGUAACGAAUUUUUCCAAAAAAUGGACACUAGUAGAGCUUUAACUUUGCCAGUGGACAAAAUAAUUGAAUUAAUUUUUAAAUUUAAUAUUAUUAUACCUGGGGAAGCCUAUUGUAUAAGCUCUCUGGAUGAGAGCGAUAAGCUUUUAUCUAUUAAGAAAGUGUAUUAUAGUUUUUAUCAUACUUUAGGCACAAUAUUAGUUAAUAUGUUUCCAGAAAUUAUUUUUUUACAAAGGGCUGAAUUGCUCGGUCCAUCAAAUUUAAAUGGAUUUACGUUCAGCUCGUUGUUUAAAAAUUUGCCGGAAAAUUCGUUAAAAUUAUAUGCAGAAUAUUCAUUCAGAGCAUAUUCUUUUCUCCGAAGACGAUGGUUUAUUAUUAUAAUGUUCCCUAUUACAAACUUAAUUCCUGAUGGUUUCGAUGAUAAGCCAGAACAACGAUAUAGAGCUAGAGUACUUAGGAAUUUAAAAGAAGUGCCAAUUAAAUCUUUUACUACUAGUGUGAUUAAGAGAGAGAAUUACUUUCAUGUGGAUCCCCUGAUCACCAUACCUGAAGAAACUUCAGGUGAUGGAUAUUUUUAUGUUAUGCCAGUAAAUGAAGGCGCAUUUUAUCGUACAGAUACUAAUAGUACUUCUUCACCAAAAAUGGAACCUUCCGAUAUAUUCUUAACUAACAGUUAUUCCAACGCUCCUAAUCAUCCUGUAAAUGGUGCGUACAAUGAUAAUGGCUUAAAUAACGGAAUUACGCACUAUGAAUACGUAAAUUAUAUAGUCACAAAAUGGCGCAACUCUUUAAGCGGUACCAACUAUACUACCACAAAUGGAUUUAACGAUUGCCCAAAAGAGAAAAGCAAAAGAUGUGUUUUACCCACUGGGUUAUACGAUUCCGAUUACGAUAUAAUGGAAAGCGAGUUGGUUACUUUACAAUAUAGUACACCUGUACUGGAUUUUAGCUUGAUAAAUAAAAUAAAAAAAGAUAGAUCUAUGAUCUUAUUUCAAGAUGAUCGUAUUAGUAGUACACACAAUAUUGAAAAGAAUCUGAGCGCAUUUAUCGUAUAA